AUGGCCGUAUCUUUGGCUGGUGAGCUGGGGCCCCAAGAAAAGCUGUACGCAGAGGAGAGCCUCCGGAGCAACCCUGCCCACGUGGCCGGCUACUACACUCCUCUCCUGCCCCACAGCCUGUAUGGGGACAGUCUGGCCAGUUCGCCUCCGGGCAGCUCUCCCAUCAGCACUUCCCCGGAGUUUUUCCAUCAACUCAAGACUUUGGGAAGACCAGUGAUAAACUCCACGGCGCUGUCCCACUUCGGCUACAACGGCAUGCCCACUUUCCUGAACCACGGUGCGACCCUGCCGAGAGAGCCUUUCUAUAACUUGCCUCCAGGAUCCUUGCCCUUCUUUGGCAGUGUGUCCCCAGAGGAAGGCCAUCCACCUUUCCCCAAAGAGGGGCUGCUUCCUGUGGACAGCAGCGGCGUUGGCGGUGGCAGCGGCAGUAACAAAGAUUGUCAGAACGGCAGCCACAGCCUCAGCCUCAUCCUUCCGCUGGCGGAGACCUCUGUCACCUGGCCGACCAAGCUCUCAUCACCCAAGAUCUCUCCGCAGUGGCUUACCGGCCCCGCGCCCAACCGCUUCUUUCCUUACUCCCCCCGGAAGAGGCGCCAGCUAGAUGCGGGCCCUACCUCCCAGAGCGCAGUGCCGGAGGGCCCGCGGCAGUACCACUUUACCGAGGAGGAGUUGCGCCUAGUCCUGUAUGGGGCUAUCCGAUCCCAGCAGCAGCCCACUAGAUUGCGCUGCGCUAUCUCCGGACUCCGGGUACCGGAGGACGGCUCAGGGUCAGAAUCAGUGAUUCAAUCUCUCGAUAAAGACUCCUUGAAGUUACCUGAAGGUCUGUGUGUACUGAAGACCAUGUGUGGUGAUGUCCCUCAAUUUGGUGUAUUCUGCAGCAACCUUGUUCCCAAGGGGGUUAGAUUCGGGCCCUUUCUAGGUAAAGUGGUCAACGCAAGUGAGAUCAAGACCUAUGGUGACAAUUCCCUGAUGUGGGAGAUCUUUGAAGAUGGCCAUUUGAGUCACUUCAUAGAUGGAAAAGGAGCCAGUGGGAAUUGGAUGUCUUUAGUCAACUGCGCCCGUUUUCCAGAAGAACAGAACCUAUCAGCAGUCCAGUGUCAAGGCCAAAUAUUUUACGAGAGCUGCAAAGAAAUCCUCCCCAACCAGGAGCUGCUGGUGUGGUAUGGAGACUGCUACCAACAGUUCCUGGGUAUCCCUGUGAAUUUGAAAGUUGUGGACAAAGGGAAGCAGCAGCUUGAGCCUCCAGAAGAGUCUGGAGAAAGUCACAAAUGUGAAAGGUGUGGCAAAGUGUUUGCCUACAAAUAUUACAGAGACAAGCACCUCAAGUAUACUCGAUGUGUGGACCAAGGGGACCGUAAAUUCCCCUGUAACCUGUGCAGUCGGUCCUUUGAGAAGCGGGACAGGCUCCGGAUCCACAUCCUACACGUCCAUGAAAAGCACCGACCUCACAAGUGUUCCAUGUGUGGAAAGAGCUUCUCGCAGUCCUCUAGCCUCAACAAGCACAUGAGGGUCCACUCUGGAGAGAGGCCGUACAAGUGUGUCUACUGUAACAAGGCUUUCACUGCCUCCAGCAUUCUCCGAACUCAUAUCCGGCAGCAUUCUGGGGAGAAACCCUUCAAGUGCAAAUACUGUGGCAAAGCUUUUGCCUCCCAUGCUGCCCACGACAGCCACGUCCGCCGCUCUCACAACAAGGAAGGAGGGGGCUGCUCCUGUGGAAUCUGUGGAAAAACCUUCGUGGAGCAGGAGAAAUUCCACUGCCAUAUGAAGUUUCACGGUGUCCUCUAG